GGACUGGUGACUAGCAUGCUCAUCCGCUGUCCUGAGCCUGCUUUUCCAAGAUGGCGGCUUGUCUGUAAAAUAAUUAUUUACAAGAUUUACUGUAGUUUCACACGGAAAAUAUACAUAAUGUAUUCGGUUAGAUGCAAACAAGAAAAAGCUCAUGAAGACAGUAUCUGGACCGUGGCCUGGGGGUCAAAUGAGAGGGAUUGUACCGAGAGCAUCCUAACUGGAUCAGUUGAUGAUAUGGUCAAGUGUUGGCGAUGGAAUGACAAUAAAUUAGAGCCCAAGUUCAACUUUGAAGGCCAUCAGCUUGGUGUUGUGUCUGUUGAUGUCAACAGCACUGGAACAUUGGCAGCCUCCAGUUCACUGGACAGCCAUGUUCGGAUAUGGGACCUGGUGUCAGGCAAACAGCUGAAGACAAUCGAUUGUGAUCCAGUGGAUACCUGGACUGUGACAUUUUCUCCUGAUUCUAAAAUCCUAGCAACUGGAAGCCACUCGGGCAAAGUGAACUUGAUCAACCUUGAGCUUGGGAAGAAAGAGAGUUCCCUUGACACAAGGGGGAAAUUCACAAUGAGCCUUGCAUAUAGUCCAGAUGGUCAUUAUAUAGCUUGUGGUGCCAUAGAUGGGAUUAUCAAUAUUUUCGACCUGACAACUAACAAACUGCUCCACACUUUAGAAGGCCAUGCUAUGCCUAUUCGCUCCCUCACAUUCUCUCCUGACUCCCAGCUGUUAAUCACAGCAUCUGAUGAUGGACACAUCAAGAUGUAUGAUGUUCAACAUGCUAAUCUAGCUGGAACACUGUCAGGUCAUAGCUCCUGGGUUCUCAGUGUAGCAUUCUGUCCUGAUAACACACAUUUUGUCUCAAGUUCAAGUGACAAGACAGUUAAGGUCUGGGAUGCAGGGACUAGACGAUGUACUCACACAUUCUACGAACACACUGAUCAGGUUUGGGGAGUAAAAUACAAUGCAACGGGGUCCAGAAUAGUGUCAGUUUCUGAUGAUAGAUCCAUUAUUGUGUAUGACUGUCCUAUAUAACACUUAGCCCUUCCUAUUACCCUUGUUAAGCAUCCCAAACUUUAUAUUGUGUAUGACGUUUAUAUACCACUUAUGUAGAGAACUUGUAAUAUAGUUAUGAUGGAAAAUUAUGCUUUUCUUAUUCAACGCUGGGGAAUGGCAGGGGAUAUUUGGACAUUCCCCCGACUUCAUUAGCAAAAUUCUUUCCCUCUUCUCCCAUACACAUGUCUCUGUGACAUUUCCAUCCACCUCUUUGUAAUAGAAACUUGGUGGUGAAGCUUCAAGAAAAAGUAAGGUGUAGUUAGCUUUUACUCCCUAUGUUCUAUCCAUGACCAUGGAUGCGUGAACAAGUGUUUUCUUCUUUAUAAUAUACUAUAUUUCAAAUGCUGUCAUUGAUUUUGUAAAGAUCAUCUUUAUACAUAAAGGAGUCCCUCUUUUGUUUAA